UUUAUCUGUAAUUAAUUAACGUUUAUUUGGUGAGUUAAGUGCAUCCACACAUGAGUAAUAAAAAAAGCGCCGUAUAUCGUGAAUCAAAUUAUCGUAAAACAAAUUCGUUCAAUGGAGAAAGUUAUCACGGGAUAAUGGAUCUUUUUGAUACUCCGAGUCAAUUGAAUCAUAUUCAAUACGAAACGAAUCAUUGAUUCAAAUAGCUCGAAUCACCGCAUGCUGACCGGUAGAUACAGUAAGUAGGACAAAUUGAAGUGACACAGAUCCACAAGAUACACUAUUAUAAAUAUGGCAUUUGUUAAAGAGGAGAGUGCAGAAAUCAAGAUUGAACAAGUGUGCAGUGUGAACCCAGAAGAAACUGAGGAACAAACCAGGAUGACAUUCAUUAAAGUGGAGAGUGAAGAAAUGAACAUAGAAGCAUUCAUUGUGAAACAAGAAGACACCGAGGAUCAGACAAAGAUGGGGUUUAUUAAAGAGGAGAGUGAAGAAACGAAGAUAGAAGCAUUCACUGUGAAACAAGAAGAAACUAAAGAACAAACAUUUACUAAAGAGGAAAGUGAAGACAUGAUGAUUGAAGAUGCAUUCACUCUGGGACAAACAGUAUUUAAACCAUAUCAGUUUGAGCCUGAGUCGGAUCCUGAUGCUGAUGACCAACAGGAUGAAUCGGAACCUUUCCUAGCGCGACUUCAGCAGAACGUUUCACAGUGGUGCAGAUGUGAAAACUGUAAUCGGAUGCCCAUUGGAGUUGAAAAUGUCUGCUGCGUGGAAAUACCAAAGGUUUUAAGACGAAUGAAUCAGGUUUCAGGGCCUCUGAAAUGCAUCACACACCACCCAGGCUUCGAACCGAACUGUUUGAAUCCUUACACCCUGCAGAACAUUUUAAACAUUUACAAAGCUGAUUAUGGAAAUUUGAAGCGUAGAACAGAAGAAGCGCGGUACCGUUCUGUCGCCCAACGAAGCUUCGUCAGCUGGUGCUGGGGCUAUUUAGGACGGAAAAUCAGGGUUGUUCUUCCAUCCUGUGUUGUGCUCCGGAUUCAGCAGGAGUUUCCUGAUCCGGAUGGACAGUUUGUUGGAUUUCGACCACCCCUUGACUAAAGCUUGAGACAUGGUGGACAAUAUCUUCCUCCGUUAAAGGUUUUUCAAACUGAGUUCCUGCAAAUGGUGUGGGUUCUGCAAACACCUGUUCAAAGACGAGCUUUAUCAGUUCAUUCACAUUUUCUGUAAAGCAUAGCAUACAGAAGAAAUUGAUAUUAUAUUCAUUCAUUUUGAUAUACAACCUGCCCCUUUAGAACAUCUCAAAUGUGUCACUAUGUGUAAAGUGUAUUUGUAGAUGUGUUUAAAUAAAAUUCAUUUUAUAACA